UAUUAUUGGUCUUUUUUCCAAAGAUGUGGAAUGAAAAUUAAUUUUUAUUAUAAAAUUUAGAAAGGGAAAACCCAUGGUUGGACAGCAAGAUCCUGAAUUUAAUUUCAACAUCGGGUUUUCCACAUUAUAUACAGGCACUAGUGAUUCUGUAUCAAUUUUAUUUCUUCAGAUUUUUUCCUUUCAGAGGAUUCUCUCAUAUUUGUUAUCAUUUGAAGCCGUGAUUGUGGCUCUGAAUCAUUUUUGUUCUUCUUUCCUCCCCCAAAAGCUGUUUCAAAACUUCUGCAACUCAUUUGCAAUGGAGUUGGACUGUCUCUCGCAAGCGAGCAUACUGGGUGGGCUGAACUGCCGUGGAACGGAAGGAUUGUAAAGAAGUUGAUACGUUGCUAACAGGUCUUGCUAAUUUGCUCUGUAAGCUUGAGUGAAGUGUCGGAGAAUUUCCUUUCCCCUGAUGAACUUAGGAGGUGUAUGUUUUGACCUGUAUCAAUGAUUCUGUUUGGAUCGAUUACUUUAAGGAUACAUUUUUUUAUCCAUAUAUGAAGGUUGCACCUAAUUAUCCCUGUAAUCAGAUAAAAACAUCAGUUUUUCAUAUUUCAAGCCUUUAUGCCAAUAACUCCUGGAAGUGAUUUAUGCAGCUGGAGAAUAACAUGGACAGUCAUCAUAGCCUGCAAUGUGUGAAAUAAUUUCAUUGCACUGUUGUGGUCUUUUUAGUCUGAUAACUGAUAAUGUUCAGCAAAUGAUGCUUGGGGGAAAAAACUCUUUCUAAUAUAAUUAAGAAAUAGCUUAAAAGGGGUGUGUCCAGGGGCAGCUCAGUGCUGUUUAUCUGAGAGCUUGUUGUAAGAAUUCACUUCAAAUGUUGAAGGGAAAUGCUUUCAUCUGAAAGAUAUUGCUGUGCUCCCUUCAGAUUGUCUUCUCCCAUCUGAUAGAAACCCUUGCUGAGUAACAGCACAGAUGCGGCUCAUCUGGGGAAAAUGAAGGAAGAGAAAAACGGUGGGGUGGAGCAAAGGAGUAGGCAGGCAGUCAUGCUCCCAAACUCAUGGGGGUUUUUUUGUUUGUUUUGGGUUUUUUGUUUUUUCCUUUUCACUUACCUGAGCCACUCUGGAUCCACCUUGAAGAGGCCAUGCCCUCACCUCUCCCGAGGCGCAGUUACCUACCCAGUGAAUUUUCUCCCUCUGUGGACUCGAGGCCCUGCAGUAGCCCCUCAGUGCUCCCAGGUAGGUCAGGGAAGCUCUUUCCUGGGGCCACUCCUCCCAGGGCCCCACGACUGCCACCUCGGCUAGCCUGGUGCUCCAUUGACUGGGAACAGGUGUGCUUGCUACAGAGGUUGGGAGCUGGGGGCUUCGGCUCAGUGUACAAGGCAACUUACCAUGGUGUGCUGGUGGCCAUAAAGCAAGUGAACAGGUGCACCAAGAACCGACUGGCAUCCCAGCGCAGUUUCUGGGCUGAGCUCAACAUAGCAAGGCUUCGCCAUGACAACAUCGUGGGAGUUGUGGCUGCCAGCACCCGCACACCUGUGAGCUUUAAUAGUUUAGGCACCAUAAUCAUGGAGUUUGGUGGCAACGUCACUUUACACCAAGUCAUAUAUGGUGCUACCAGCUGCCCUGAAGAGGAGGAGGAAGUGGAGCCUCACUGCUGUGCUGGACAGCAAUUAAAUUUGCCCAAGUGUCUGAAGUAUGCCCUGGAUGUUGUGAAUGGACUGAAUUUCCUUCACUCACAAAGCAUUGUGCACUUGGACCUGAAGCCAGCUAACAUUCUGAUCAGUGAACAGGAUGUCUGCAAAAUUGCUGACUUUGGUUGUUCUGAGAAGCUGGAAGAUCUCCUGUGCUUCCAGACUCCUUCUUACCACCUAGGCGGCACAUACACCCACCAAGCCCCAGAGCUCCUGAAAGGAGAGAACAUAACGCCCAAAGCUGAUAUAUAUUCUUUUGCAAUCACUCUCUGGCAAAUGGUUACCAAGGAACUGCCUUACUUGGGGGAGCAUCACUAUGUGCUCUACGCUGUAGUGGCCUAUAAUCUUCGACCAUCUCUGUCAGCUGCUGUCUUCACUGACUCCAUCCUUGGGAAAAGACUUGAGAAGAUUAUCCAGUGCUGCUGGAGGGCCAGUGCUUCACAGAGGCCAAGUGCAGAACUUCUUCUAGAUGAAAUUAACUCUUUGAAAACUGAAUUUGGCUGACUCUAAGCCUGUAUCAAGAUAAGCUUUUGUCUUUUAUUUCUAUUUAUUUUUAAAGAAGUGAAAACAUAAAAAAUUAUUUGUAGGACAUAUUUUUAGAAAAUAAAGUUACUAAAAACUUCUGUAGUCUCAAUGCUUUUUCUAAGAGCUACAAAUCUAAUAGUCAUCUUGGUGUUAGCAACUAAACUUAUUCCUUUAUAGAGUUAUAUGCUUUGCUUUCUCAGCUAGUGGACUGAUUUUAACACUUCCAUAGCAUUGUAUUUAUUCAAAUUUGUUAUUGAAAAAACCAAUUUGUCCAAAACAAAACUGAAUUGUAAAAUGCCAAAAUUUUCCAUAAAUUCUCCAUUACCACCACCUAAAUUUAAACUAUUAAUAGUUUGCUUCCUCCCAUACCAAAUACUAAGUAAAAACUGUUUUUGAAAAAGAUUAAA